AUGGGCAGGGAGCUGGAGCUGUCCAAGGCCAGGUUCCUGGGAGCUUCGGGAGUUGUGCUCCAGCCAGAGCACCGAGAAGCACUCGAUGGCACCCCGUUGGAUAUGGAUGCUAAUCCCGAUCCGGGAAAUGAAGAAAGGAACAUGAUGCCGUAUCCCGUGGAGAGGAGGGUGAAGGACAAAGCAGACGAGCCAGGACAAGAGGAAGGACAAGAAAAAGGUGAAGGAUAUGUAGUUCACAAGCAGGACGUCGGCGGGACGUACAAUUUCGGAUACGAGACCAAGGAUCAUUCCCAUCAUCAAUCCAGCCUCGGCGGCGUCGUCAAAGGUGCGUACACGUACAUAACACCGUUGGGAAUCCCGUACCGGGUCGUGUAUAAAGCAGACGACACCGGCUUUCACGUCUUGGACCAAGGAUACGAAUCUCUCCCGCAGCCUCAAAAACAGGAUGGCAGCAAUUUCCAAGGAAUGCCCGAUCCUGAUAGGACGGAUGUCAAGAAGAAACCAUUCAAGGAGGAGGAACAAGACCAACCUAUUCGAGACGGAUACAUCCAUCCCUCCCCGUACAUCUCUCCUCACUUUCACGAUCAAUUCCCGGUCCAGUACCAGCCGUUCUAUUCCGCACCUUCCAGUCCCUUUCUAUACUCUUUCUUCAAUCCGAGCUAUAACCAGCAAGGACCGAUGAAGGAGACCGAGAAGAAGGAGGGAACCUCGAUGGCGACGACCGAAGACGAGAAGAUGGAGAAACCGGGGCCUCCGGUCUUCGUUCUCGGUGGGGAGGAGGAGCAGAAACCAGAGGGAGACAAAAAUCUGAAACCCUACGGCGCUCUCUCACCUAGCAAAGACAUCCCCAAAGAAGAAGAUCCUCCCAAGUCUAACCAGAACAAAAAGAAAGGAGAAAACUUUAACUCUGUGGUCAUCCAAGCGGGAAGCGGAGGCCAGGCGAGUCCAACCGGUGAUCUUCCCUUCCCCUCGGCGUCCCCUCUUCACCUGAAACCUGCGAGUGGUGGCGACGGUCCUUUCGUCUUCGAGUUCCCUCCUCAGCCGGGACCUGCUAGUGGUGGAAGUCCGUUCAUGCCGGGAUUCCAACCGCAGCAGCAGACUGGCGCUUUCUUUCCGACUCAAUCGUUCCCGUUCCCUUUUCUCGGGGCAGGACCCGUGCAGACCCCUGGCCUCUACUACGCCUUUCACAGUCCAAGUUCCAUCGGGGGAAUUCCCUCACUCUACUCUAUGCCCAUGUUCAAUCAAUAUGCCCCGGCUUUCCAUCCCUCAUCCUCGUCUUUCAGCACUUACAAUUCCGCGUCCCUCGAACAUCAUCCUCCCCAGAAUUCGAUGCCGGUGAAUCCCGUCUACUCUCCGUAUCUCGUGUUUCAACAGUCAAAUGGUCAAAAGGGUCUGCAGGGGGGGUUGCAGCAGGGGUACAUUCCGGUCUCGACGUAUGCGUCCGCUUUGGGUCAAUUCCCGGUCUCUGCUGUCCAUGAUAGCCAGGUUCCAGGAGGCGAGGGUCACAAACACAAGUACAAGUACCAGCAGGUCUUCCAAGCGCCCAAGGAGUACUACGAGAACCCCUCCUCCUUCCCACUUUACGUCUUUCGGAGUGCCCAGCUGAGGCAUUAGGAAGAAGUGUUUCGCCUGUUUAACGAUGCCAAACGAUGAAUUUCGUUCAUGCUUCUUUCUCUUGUGUCCCUGUGAUAUCAGUCUGCUUUUUCAAGUUUCGUUCGUGUUCGUAGCGAAUUUUCGGGGUUCUAGGGAAUCUGAAAAGGGAAUGUCUCGUGUUAUUCUGUGUUCCUCCUUCUUCUGCAAUGAAGGCCUUUUUGACACC